UCAUCCGCCCAUAUAAGCCCCUCGUCUCUGGCGUUGCUUUCAUUUUUGGUCACCAAGCUAGUACUGCACUUCCUUUCUUGCUGUGAAUCUCCCAGUGUAUUGCUGCUGUCUUACAUUUCCUUGACAUUUAUGAAUGCAGGUUUCUACUGAGUGUAAUAUGCCAUUUGAAGACGUAAUAAAAGAGGUUGGUGAGAGCAUUAGCCAGGAGAAAAGAAAACGAGCGAGACUGAAAGACCUGGACUUGAUUGUACUGGACAACUCAAUCCGUGAGAGCACCGUGGGUCAGCUGAGAGGCCACACGCUAGAAAACAAGUGGAAGAUUUACAACGAGGUGCAAAAGUGUGGAUUCAAGUUCAUCAUCGUAGCUGCCUUCUCGCACAUGACACGCGUCGACGACACCUUUCUUCGUGAGCUCGUGGCUAGAGGAGAAGACGUCAGCAACUUGUUUGCCUUCACUGAAGUUAUGGAAGCAGUGAAUGACGGUAUCCCUGACACUAAGACUACUCCAGUAGGCCUGAGCAAGAUGGAAUCUCUUGGAUUGAUCAAUCCCAUCAUCGAGAUAGAUCUCGCCAUCGAUUCCAUUAACUGGGAGGUCUUCACAGUCCAGGACAUGUGCAAGCUGCUGUCGGAAAGGAUUAAAUGGAGUAGAAGCAAGCUCUCCCCUGAUGCCAAGAUCAUGGUUAAUCUACGAGACUUCCCUGACUCUAUGGUGUAUCAGAUGGAGCGAUUGUUCACUGUUGUGGACUUCUUGGGAUCCUUGUCUGCUGCUGAGCGUCCUUUUGGGAUUCUGUUCGAGGAGCCAACUGGCAAGUUCUUACCAGAGGAAGUAGGAGCUUGGACUGCAGGUGUGCGUAAGAUCAUGGAUGCCCGUGGAUGGUCUGGACAUCUUCUGGCUCAUGUCCACAAGAAGUGGGCCCUCGGAGAAAUGACGCAACUUGAAUGUCUUGUCAACGGAGCCAAUGGUAUCUGGGCGAGCGUCUGCGAAGAAGGAGCGGCUCUUGGUCACGCGUGUUCUACAGUGACGCUGAUGAAUCUUGUGCGAAUGGGCAACACCAAAGUCCAGAAUAGUUACAAGUGUACACAGCUGAGGGAAGCCGCAUCAAACGUGACUAAGAUCACUACCGGGAUGCCUCCUCAUCCUAAACAAGUUAUCUACGGCGAAAGGGCGCUGGACUUGGCAUUCGACUUUGGAAGCAUUGCUGGUGGUACAGUUGGAGAGACCGACUUCAAUCUGGCCGAGUUCUUUGGAGAGGAAGCUCCAGUUAGAAUUAGCACUCUGUCCUCCGACCGCAUGAUCCACGAGAGGCUAGUGGAUCUGUUUGGUGCAGAUCCGCAGUUUACGAUGGAAAUGGCGCAUACCAUGAAAGAGAAAAUGCUGGAGGAUCUGACCGUCAACAGGAAAGAAGAAUACAUGAGUGCAGUGGGCAUCGCUCUCCUGUUUGAUCGAGCAGGAGGAAAACUCACCGCCAAGAUGGCAGAGGUGAUAGAAGAGGCCGAGGUGAAAAGUGUGCACGCCCAGCAUCUCAUUGAAGAGGUCCGCAGGAUCUGGGACAAAUGGGAUAUCGAGGAAGAUAAGAAAGUUGACGACGUUCUCAAGUUCCAUUCCUUCUAUAAUGGCUUCAUGGCUCCCUACUUUGGCUGCUUUAUUUGUCGGGAUACGCUGAAGGCGUUGAAAGCCAUCAACAUGGAUAAAGAUGGCUACAUCGACUGGAACGAGUUCCUGGUGUACCUGAAAUGGGCGAUACGUCAGUAUCCCAACAUCAAAGAUGCCAAUGAGCUGCUGUCCGUGGCCUUCCGCAAGGGCAUCAUCCCAGCCAUGCAGGAUGAACUACUCUUGAAGUCGAGGCCGUUCAAGGGGAUAAAGACAAGUUGUUAAGGUGUCUUCUAAGAAGAUAACAGGCCUCUUAUCGUGCUUUGGACUCUAUCUUAUUUAGGUUCGGUAUCGUGAAAUGGGAACAUUGCUGGAGUAGAAUGUAGUGUAAUAAGAUUUGAAUUAUCUGUAUUGUUUCUGACUAAUUCAAAAUACUGAAAUCCAGAGUCGGAUUCUUAAACAAAGUUUUUUGGGAAGGUGUUUGGCACAAAAGUUAGUUUUUCGCAAUAUGAAGCGGGUUUUAUCUAUAAGGCAUAUAAAGUACUCAUUCAAGUUGUAUUCCGACGUAACAAUGUAUACUGUGGUUUAUUGCCAAAAAAAAUAAAUAAAGUAAAGGGCAUGUAUAAAUA